GUUUAUACUAUCAACUUGGAAUCUCGUUAUUUACUAAUCCAAGGAGUUCCUGCGUUAGGUGUUAUGAAGGAAUUAGUCGAACAGUUUGCGUUAUAUGGUGCCAUUGAAGAGUAUCAUGCUCUGGAUGAAUAUCCAGCAGACCAAUUUACUGAAGUUUAUCUUAUAAAAUUCCAGAAACUGCAGUGUGCAAGGGUGGCCAAGAAAAAAAUGGACGAACGAAGUUUCUUCGGUAGUUUGCUGCACGUCUGCUAUGCUCCAGAAUUUGAAACAGUCCAAGAAACUAGAGAGAAGUUGCAGGAUAGAAGGAAGUAUAUCGCAAAAGCAACAAAUCAAAGAGAUUGCUUUGUGUUAAAGAAAGUAGAGGGACCGAAGAAGACGGUCUCUAGGAACUUCCAGCGUGGCUGUCCAUGGAGUACGUCAGGCUCAUGUGCAGUCAGUAACGGGGAUACAUCGUGCUUCACAAGUUCUCCCGGGGUAUCCCACGACAUGGGGUAUCUGUCUGGGAGUCAUAAUCCGAGCCUGUUGAUGUUUCCCCACUACAAUAAUGACUGUGCUAAAACUUCUGGGUACUCUGGUCAAAACCCAUCCCUGACUGUAAGUGUACAUCCGGGAGGACGUACUCCACCACCUUCCUUAAUGCAGCAAAGAACGGUUCCGAUCGAUAAUGGGAUCGAUAGGUUUAUGCCUCGUACAACUCACUUGCAAGAACGUAAGAGGAAGAGAGAAGAAGGCAACAAGUUCUCCCUCGUUGGAACAAGUGUGGACAAUACUGAAGUCAUUAUUGGUCCACAGCUUCCAGAAAUACCUAAAGUGGAUAUGGAUGAUGAGUCAUUGAAUACUUCAGCCACAUUAAUUCGAAAUAAACUGAAAGAGGUAGCAGAUUCUGUUUCAAGAACAUCUGUGGAAAAGCCAGAGAGUAGCCCAGCCAAACCACUUGUAAAGCAGAGAAGAAGAAUAUAG